CAAAAUAUUUAAAAGCGCACACACACCUCAUAUUUUUCCUUCUUUUAUCCUUUCCUUAGCCAUUUCAUUCAGUUUUUCCCCAGAAACACAGAACAGCUGCAGAGGGCAGAGCCAUGGCUUCCACUUCUUCCCUCACUCUCUCCCAGGCCAUCCUCUCUCGCUCCAACCUCCCUCGCCAUGCCUCCGCCCAGCAGCUCUCUCCCUCCUCCAGUCUUCUAUUCCCUUCCUUCUCUGGUCUCAAAUCUACCUCCUCGGCGUCGGUUUCCCGCCGCCGUACUCCCUCUGUACCUCGCACUCCUGUCCGGGCCUCUGCCGCCGUAGAAACCUUAGAGAAAACAACUAAUGUUGAGCUUGUGGAGAAGUCCAUCAAUACAAUCCGGUUCCUGGCAAUUGACGCCGUGGAGAAGGCGAAUUCGGGACACCCUGGUUUGCCCAUGGGCUGCGCUCCCAUGGGCCACAUAUUGUACGAUGAGGUGAUGAGGUACAACCCCAAGAACCCUUACUGGUUUAAUCGUGAUCGGUUUGUGCUCUCCGCUGGACAUGGAUGUAUGUUGCAGUACGCUCUCCUUCACCUGGCCGGAUACGACGCCGUCGAGGAAGAUGAUUUGAAGAAUUUCCGUCAAUGGGGAAGCAAAACACCAGGACAUCCUGAGAACUUUGAGACACCUGGUGUUGAAGUCACCACCGGUCCACUCGGCCAAGGUAUUGCAAAUGCUGUCGGGUUGGCUCUCGCAGAAAAGCACUUGGCUGCCCGAUACAACAAGCCUGAUUCCGAGAUAGUUGACCAUUACACUUAUUGCAUCCUUGGUGAUGGGUGUCAAAUGGAGGGUAUUUCAAAUGAAGCCUGCUCCCUUGCUGGACAUUGGGGACUUGGAAAGCUGAUUGCUUUCUAUGAUGACAAUCACAUAUCCAUUGAUGGUGACACAGAGAUUGCUUUUACUGAGAAUGUUGACACCCGGUUUGAGGGUCUUGGUUGGCAUGUAAUUUGGGUGAAAAAUGGUAAUACUGGCUAUGAUGAAAUUCGGGCUGCCAUCAAAGAAGCAAAGGCUGUAAAAGACAAGCCAACUCUGAUAAAGGUUACUACAACCAUUGGUUACGGUUCCCCUAACAAAGCCAACUCAUACAGUGUGCACGGAAGUGCAUUGGGUUCUAAGGAAGUUGAGGCCACCAGAAAGAACCUUGGAUGGCCAUAUGAGCCUUUCCAUGUGCCUGAGGAUGUGAAGAGCCACUGGAGCCGACAUGUUCCUGGUGGAGCUGCUUUAGAAUCUGAAUGGAAUGCCAAGUUUGCUGAAUACGAGAAGAAGUAUCCUGAGGAAGCUGCUGAACUGAAAUCUAUAAUCACUGGUGAAUUUCCUGCUGGUUGGGAGAAAGCUCUUCCUACAUACACUCCCGAGAGCCCUGGGGAUGCCACCAGAAAUCUAUCCCAGCAAAAUCUCAAUGCUCUUGCAAAGGUCCUCCCCGGCCUGCUUGGCGGCAGCGCUGAUCUGGCAUCCUCCAACAUGACCCUUCUGAAAAUGUUCGGUGACUUCCAGAAGGGCACACCCGAAGAGCGUAAUGUCAGGUUUGGCGUACGUGAACAUGGUAUGGGCGCUAUCUGCAAUGGAAUUGCUCUUCACAGCCCGGGUCUCAUUCCAUACUGUGCAACCUUCUUUGUUUUCACCGACUACAUGAGAGCAGCUAUUAGGAUUUCUGCCUUGUGUGAAGCUGGAGUCAUCUAUGUCAUGACUCACGACUCUAUCGGGCUUGGAGAAGAUGGGCCUACUCAUCAGCCUAUUGAACAUUUGGCAAGUUUCCGAGCAAUGCCCAACAUAUUGAUGCUCCGUCCAGCUGAUGGAAAUGAGACAGCCGGUGCGUACAAGGUGGCUGUCCUCAACCGAAAGAGGCCCUCAAUCCUUGCCUUGUCCCGACAAAAACUGCCCCAACUUGAUGGAACCUCCAUUGAAGGCGUGGAAAAGGGAGGUUACAUCGUAUCAGACAAUGCGGCGGGUAAGAAGCCAGAUGUUAUCUUGAUUGGAACUGGUUCGGAGUUGGAGAUUGCAGUGAAGGCUGCCGAUGAACUUAGAAAAGAAGGCAAGGGAGUUAGAGUCGUCUCCUUGGUUUCUUGGGAGCUCUUUGAGGAGCAAUCUGCGGAGUACAAAGAAAGCGUCCUGACUAGUGACACAGCCAGAGUCAGCAUUGAAGCUGGAUCGACAUUUGGCUGGGCGAAGAUUGUCGGGCCAAAAGGAAAGGCCAUUGGGAUUGAUCGAUUUGGUGCUAGCGCGCCGGCCGGAAAAAUAUACAAGGAGUUUGGUCUCACAGCAGAAGCUAUUGUAGCUGCGGCGAAAGAACUGCUGUCCUAAUUUCCCAACAGCUUAGCCUCUUCUUGAUGACUCCUGCGAAGGGUAAUGUGGAUUUGGCAUCGAUAAAAUCAUGUGGGAAGCGUGGCGCGGCGUGGCGAUUCGAUAGCCCGGUUGAGAAUUCUUAAUAAAGCAAGACAUUUUAAUCAGUUUAUUACUGUUAUUGUGGUUCUUGAAAUUGAGCAGCAGUUUUAUAUCCAUGCACAUAUAUAUAUAUAUAUAUUUAUAUCCGUAUGCAUACAUUGUGAAAUUUGCUUACACGCGAACUGGAACUGGAACGUUGUCUUGAUUUUGUAUCAAUGUGUUUUUGAUGUGUUGCAAAGGCCUACGUUGUUUAUAGAAUUGUGUAAUCAGUUGGGGCUCCUGAAA